GUUUGCAAUUGAUACCAAGGAUGAACGGGUGAAAGCAGUCUGCAUCGAUUCUCUUAGGAAAGCUGUUAAGCGAGAGCGACACCUGCUAAAAAACUGCAGUUCGACAUCAAGUGCCCUUGUGAUGUGCCCUUGCUUAGUCCUACCUACAGCAGGAGUGACGAUAACUGGAAGAACUGGUCAAGCACUGGAAUAAACCUAACACAUUCGUCAGUUCCUUCCUGAAAUCAAAGCUGUUGUUAUCGACAUGGAUACAUAUACCUGUAGUAACUGUACCGUUCUAGCAGAGGACGUGCCAAAUCAACAAGGAGAACCGCUCAAAGGUUCAGUUUCCUCAAACAACCGGUUCGCGCGGCUAUGCAGCUGUUAUGGUUAGCUUGGCAGACCAAUUCGAGGGUAAAAUACCAAAUGCUCUUGAUCUGUUCAUGCUCUGCCACAACAGCAAGCAGAAGGGCUUUUCCACAUGUGCAAAAGAUGCCAUUGGCGACAAGGAACAAAAGCUUGUCGGACCUAGAGCAAAUGGUGAAAGCAGGAAUGCUUCCUGGGUUGUAUCGGAGGUUUUACUGAAGCGUAUAGUGAAACCUCGUUUCCUUCAGAAUGUGGGGGUUGAGCCAAAGCCCGUUCGAACCACAGCAAAGAUCCUUGCGGCAGAAGUGCACCGGAUACAGGAGGAGAAUGUUCAGCUGAGGGAUGUUUCCAACAGGCAGCACAAACAAAUAGCAGAGCUGACGAGGCUUCUCGCUGAAAACAAUAAAGCUGCACCCAGGCAUUGAAGCGAUGCACGCUGCACGGGAGGCCCAGUUUUUUGCUCGGUACAAUGAGCUCCAAAGGUACUGUGCUGCCCUGGUCGUCCGAUAGCUGAACUGUUAUUUUUGCUUGCCUGAUCGUUGGAUGGAUCAAGUGCAUGAUCGAACUGUUAUUUUGGCUGCGUAUCGUGCGAUGGGAAGCUGUGUUCGUAUGCCAUUCGCAAAAAUGGCACCUCUGUUGUCGAUGUAUUGUAUUUCUCAUGUGCUGGGGCCUGGGUGUGGUGAAG